GAGAGAGAGAGAGAGAGAGAGAGAGAGAGAGAGAGAGCAGCGAUGGCGUCGUCGUAUUUGGCGAGAAGGGCAGCGCAGAAGGAGAGAGUGAGAAUUCUCUACAGGAAAGCCCUUAAAGAUACUCUCAACUGGGCUGUGCAUCGUCAUUUGUUUUAUCAAGAUGCAUCGGAGCUUCGAGAAAGGUUUGAGGUUAACAAAAACGUGGAAGGUAUUGAAACUAUUGAGAAAUUGAUUACUGACGGAGAAGCUAGUCAUAAUAAAUGGCGGCACCCUGACCCUUAUAUUGUUCCAUGGGCUCCUGGUGGAUCCAAAUUUACUCGGAAUCCAACACCGCCUGCUGGGAUUGAGAUAAUAUAUAACUAUGGUCGGGAAGAUAAUGACUGAAAACUGUCUCCUUUUUCUUGUCAUAACGAAUAAAGGUGUUGAUGUGAUUGUCACCAUUGAGGGCUCUUUAUAUUUCUAAAAUAUGCUUAUUUUUGUCUUUCAGUCACUUAUUAGAGAAGAAAUGUGGGUGACAACAUUUGAUGGAUUUUCAUAUUUAUGUAUUGUGUACUUUGGAAAUUUGAAAUUCUCUUAAGCAUGUUAUGUUGUCUCUGUUAUAGAGGUGACCCUGAAAUAACAAUGAAAUUCUUUUUCUUUUCA